UCCGUUGAUAAACGUGGUUCAGUUAAUAUACCUGGUGGUUCUGUUGAUACACCUGUUGGCCCCGUUACUAGUAAUAUACCUGGCAGUACCGUGGAUAUACCUGGAGGUUCCUUGGUAAAAUGACAAUAAUUUCUGAGCUUGUAAGCCUUUAAUUAAACCCAUGAGUCUUAACCAAACCUAAGACCCUGACUGAACAUCAUUUACCGGUAAACAUUGUACUCGGAUAAAAAGGUCAAGCACACAACCUCCCCACAAUGAAAUACUGCAGUACUCGAGGAGGUGUCACUGGGCUUACGUUUGAGGACGCCCUUUAUACCGGAUAUGCUGAAGAUGGCGGGAUUCUACUUCCGGAGAAAAUUCCUACCAUUACGAAGGACACACUAAAGUGUUGGUCUAAGUUGUCCUAUGUCGAGUUGGUUAAAGAAAUCAUACCAUAUUUUGUGGGCGAGGACGAAAUUCCAAAGGACGAACUUAAUGGUUUAUUGGACAAAGCGUUCGGCCGAUUCACCCACCCAGAUGUCGCUCCCAUAUCGAGGCUUAACGAUGGUCUCAAUAUUAUAGAACUCUUUCACGGUGUCACGUGGGCUUUCAAAGACCUUGCGCUGUCGUGUGUAGGGCAAUUCCUGGAGUACUUCUUGAAUAAACGACAGAAACAUUUAACAAUCAUUGUUGGGACGUCUGGUGACACCGGAAGUGCCGCCAUUGAAGCAAUACGUGGUUUGAAAUGGGUAGACAUUGUUGUGUUGCUACCAAAGGGACGAUGUUCUCGUGUUCAAGAGCACCAAAUGACCUCCGUGAUAGAGGACAAUGUCCACGUUUUCCGAGUGGAUGGAUCAUCUGAUGACCUUGACAUUCCUAUAAAAAACGUGUUCAUGGACAUCCCUUUUAAACGUAAACACAACCUUACAUCUAUCAACUCGAUCAACUGGGCGCGCGUGAUGGUACAGACAGCUCACUACAUAUACUCUUACCUACAGAUGUGCCCAAAUUGUGACGGGGAGGUUGAAAUCGUCAUCCCAACUGGAGCAUGCGGAAAUGUGACAUCGGGUUGUCUGGCUCGACAGAUGGGCGUGCCCUUACGACUGGUGUGUGCUGUUACCACCAAUGACAUCGUCGCCAGAACCGUGAAUGACGGAGAUUACUCCAUGGCGGACACAGUCAACCAGACGCUUGCAACAGCAAUGGAUAUACAGAUACCAUAUAACAUGGAGCGGAUCUGGAGCUUGAUGACAGGAGGUGACGCCCCUCGAAUUAAGGCCUUGAUGGACGAGUUCGAAAAGACAGGAAAGGUCCAGGUGCCAAAUGACAUCCGUGAAAAGACCAAGGAAAUAAUUGUCGAUACAUUUGUCGCCACUGAUGACGUUGUGAGAACGACAAUGCGCCGAACGUUCGAGAAGGAUCAGUACCACGUCUGUCCACACACGGCGAUAGGCGUGGCUUAUCAUUUCCGGGAGCUGGACAGUAAACAAAACACGGACGGGCGUCCUCCCAGGGUUAUCAUAGCAACGGCUUCAGUAAAGAAGUUUCAAGAAGCUGUUCUUUCUGCUGGACUUACACCUGUUGAACAUCCUGAAGUGACGUCACUCUUAGAGAAGGAAACCAAAUCGCAGGAAAUGAGAAAGGGUGAAAACUGGGAAGAAAUGUUAAGAAAGGCCAUUGAAAUGAUUUCUAUGAAAUAAAUAUAAGUACUGAAGUAUAUGUUUGGAUGAAUGUAUUGCUAUUAGGAUAGAUGACGCUAAGGGAGAGAAUGAUUCCUUUUUUUCCCAAUAGAUAAUUUUAUUUUAUUUGUCACAUACAACUUUACUGAUUAGAAAGUUGAGGUUAUUACCGCAAAAAUGCACGUCGUAUUUCAGACGUCAUAUGAUUUCUAUGAAGAUUGCACAUCAAUUUGUUUUGUCUAUCAUUUCAUAAAAAUAAAAAAUGAGAACAAUAAUAGAAUAUCUCAUAUUGAGGUGUUUUAUUGAGAAAACGAUUGGAACAAGAUUUAUAUAUCCUUAAGGAAAUAAAGAAAACUAUUCAAAGUGAUUGAUAAGCUAGCAUUUAAUAUUUUUAUGAAAAGGAUAAUUUCUUCAGUCAUUAUUCUCAGGGACUUGACGCAACUUCACGAUCAAUAGGUAUUAUAUAAGUAUUUCAGAUAUGAUAACUUAGAAUAGUGAUUGGUGAGAAGUCAAUGUCUUGUUCGUAAACAAGAGUUACUCCCCUUGGACAAUGAAAUGUAAAAAGUUAUGGCUGACAUGAGCUA